CAGUGAGCAGAUAUCUUCGUCUUGCCUUUCCCAAAUAUUAAAAAAAUGGAUUUUCGCUAUAGAGUACGUAAAGCUUUUAAUCAAUUAGGGCCUGACUCUAUAUCUACAAGCAAGCGAGUCAUCUCUACAGCUUCGCGUGAUGAAUACUGCAGGAUGGGAAAGGUCUCUUUACCACGCUUAGACGCCAUUGCCCCUCGAACGCAGUAUAACUUCCAAAAAUAUGCCUUUUACUAUGCAAUUUUCUUUUGUGGUUCCUGGCUGUUUACAUUCUUUUGGUACCCUUUUUCCUUACUAGCUUUGAUGGUCGGCGUUUUUCUUAGCUUUAUAGCAUAUGCCAUUGGAGACAUCAGCAUCGAUGAAAGCAUACAGGUGAAAUAUAGGUAUACCGUGUCAGCCAUCUCUUCUCUGACAUUGAUGGUCACUAUCUUCUUGGUCCCUUUUAGCCGCCUUUUAUUGUCUCUCUUUCUAAUCUCUGGUGCCUUGCUAGCUCAUGCUACUCUCACUCCACAUGAGAAUCCUGCAGGAUUGUUGUAAGUACACUUUCUUUUUGAACCGGUUCAUGAAAGUUAGUCCAUUUUUUAUCCUUUUCAGUUCUUAAAAGAAAACAUUAGUACAGAAGCACUUGUCCCAGCUUGCUUAGCGGAUGCUUUUUCUUUUGUUAGAAAUAUUCUCCGUUAAUCUUGAUCGAAAACAAGCAAAUUUUUGAAAUAUCUUUUUAACCGAUUGUAUCCUUCUCAAAUUUUAAAGUAAUAAUUAU